AUGGAUGUGCCAGAACCGGAGCAAACUCCCUUUACCGCAGUGACGGCUCAAACAUCGAAGCUCACAAGGCAAUAUCAAGCCUACCUCGAUGCAUCCACGCCGUUCACUCUCUAUCGAUGGUUAGGAACAGGCGCCAUUCUUAUUUUGUUCUUUUUGAGAAUUGUUCUCGCUCAAGGAUGGUAUAUCGCUAAUCGCGGAUAUGAUGGCACAGUUGCUUAUACCUUAGGCAUCUACCUUCUUAAUCUUUUCCUCGCUUUUCUCCAACCGAAAUUCGACCCAUCUCUUACCCAGGACGAAGGUCUAGAAGAUGGCGAUACCCAGGGACUUCCGACGAAACAAGAUGACGAGUUUCGCCCUUUCAUCCGGCGAUUACCCGAGUUCAAAUUCUGGCAUUCGGCGACAAGAGCCAUCACUAUCGCCUUUCUGUGCUCGUGGUCGGAAAUUUUCAAUGUUCCCGUUUUCUGGCCAAUCUUGGUGGUUUAUUGGCUGGUCCUCUUCAGUUUGACGAGUAAGUUUUACCUCGGCAUCCCGCAUGGAGAUGAUACACGCAUUGGGCGCUUUGCUGAUAAAGCCUAUAACAGUGCGACGACAAAUUCAACACAUGAUUAA